AUGGCAACUGAAUGGUCGCUUGACUUCUGCCUUGCUUGUGACCGUCAGACCCUAGGGGAACCAUAUUGCUCCCAAGCCUGCAGGCUGGCUGAGCUGGACGCCGUCUCGAAGGAGGCAACAGCACCUCAUGCGAUCGUGUGUCCACAACCAACUAGGGCCCCCAGCCAAGCUGGGCGUUCUGUGACCGGAUCCCUCGCAACAAUGGGAACGGCGCCAGCGGGAUCACCUGGUUCCCAAUACCCCAAAAGGGUACUAUCGCCAUCUUCUUCGCAGACAUCACUGUCGUCGGUCAAGAGCAGCUCAUCACGGUCCUUCGUGGUAGCAAGUCAAUUCAAAAACGAGUUACGGGAUUAUGCAUGCAGCUUCGACCACGUCCGUGACUUGAAAAGACGUUUCGCAUCUUAG